UUGUUCCACUGCUUAAAAAGUAAACAGUAGCUUUGAAGACUCUCGGCGACUCGUGUGUUCCUGUUAUGUGAGAUUUUCUUCCUGUUCUCCGGCGAAAAAACAUUAAAAAGGAUGGAUGUGGUGUGUUUCCGCCUACCUGGCCACAGCGACGCUGCUCUGAGGAACAUGAACUCCUUACGGGAGCAGCGGCACUUCUGCGACAUCACCAUCGUGGCCGGCGGCAGGCAGAUGUUCCGGGGUCACAAAGUGGUGCUGGCUGCCGGUUCGGCCUUCCUCAGGGACCAGUUUUUACUGAACCCAUCUGCAGAGCUACAGCAGGUGUCGGUGCUGCACAGCUCCACCGUGAUCCGUGAGCUGCUACAGUCCUGCUACACGGGCAUCCUGCAGUUCAGCGCCAAAGAGAUCGUAAACUACCUAACAGCAGCCAGCUACCUCCAAAUGGAGCACGUGGUGGAGAAGUGCCGAGUGGCUCUGAGUCAGUACCUGCAGUCGAAGAGCAGCAGUCCAGGAUCUGUGAAGACAGAAGAGCCCCAGGUGAUGGCGGCGAUCGUCAGUGGAAGCACCCAUUCUCUGGAUACGUCUCCUCCUGAGCGUGCCUCGUCACUGCAGCCACACAGCUCGGAGGAGGAGCCGCGGGUCUCGGGAGUCGAACACACCGGUGUCCAGCACAAAGAUGAGGCUGAUUUGUCCAUAGUGCGGCUUCGAGCCUCGGAGCACUCCGGAGGUGUUGAGGACGAGGAGAGCAGAAACGACUUCAGCGUGUUCGAGGUGCGCAUCAGGGACGAGCUCCACGACGCAGACGAGAACGCAGGAGUCCAGGAGGACGCCGGAGAUGCAGGGGACAUGUUAGCUAUACGCCAGGUCGCGCACGCGGACGAUCUGAACAGGGAUGAAGGUGGAGCACCGGGCAGCGGCCCGAGGGGUGGAGUGCGCAUCUGGAGGCGGAGAUUUGGGGAGCCGCGAGGUGGUCGUGGGCGGGGCUUCAAGCACAGGAAGCGCUACACUUACCGCGAACGAAGGCCUUCGGGGAACUUUCAGCAGGCUUGGCGAUUUCCAACCUCCGAGGAGAUCAUGGGGAGCUUCGGAGCAGGGAUCGGGCAGGAGUACUUGGCUCUCGGAGAGGCUCCGAUGCAGGUGGAUUACCAGCCGUCGGAAUGCCAAGGAGAUGCGGUGGGUUCGGAUGGUGGCCCUGGUCAGUUUAGCAUAGAUGGCGCAAACGCCGAGGAGAACGUCGGAGUCGUAUCGUUGCCCACUAAUGAAGACGGUGGUGAGGACUCUGUGGCCGUCGUGGGCUCCACAUCUUGCGUGACGGGCUCGGUGGCCUGCGAGCAGUGCGGCCUGGCGUUCUCUUCAGUAGAAGAUUUAGCUGCACACUCGCGCUCCACCCACCUGCUGUACGUGUGCCCGUGCUGCGGCAAACACUUCAGCCAGACGAGCAACCUGAACCGCCACAUGGCCGUCCACCGCUCGGCCAAGCUCCACAGCUGCCCGCUGUGCCACAAGACCUUCACGCAGAAGUCCACACUGUCCGACCACAUGAACAUGCACAGCGGACAGCGGCCGCACGUCUGCGCCUUCUGCCGCAUCUGCUUCGCACACAAACCCGCACUGCGGCGCCACCUGAAAGAGCAGCACGGCAAGACCACCGCGCAGAACUACCUGGAGAUCCAGAGAGAGUCCGAGGAGCCGGCUGUAGGAGGCGGAGGAGGAGUUUAAGGCGGACACUUCAGGAUGAAAUCUAAAAGUAGCAUUAUAGUCACAGAGGGACAGUUCUGGUGAGGAUUAAGGCCCAGAAUCUGACCGCAUCUUAACCACCUACAAUGUGCUCAACUGGAUCCGAACUCGAAAUGAAAUACACAUCACAUCAGAUGUGGGUUGGUGAAAUUUUUUUUAAUUUAUCAUUUUACGCCAGUCAAUCAAGACAUGUUUUGUGGCUGAUAUUUGCAUCUUUCAUGAUGCGCUGGGGCUACCAGGAUAAUUUGGCGAACAAGUUGCGGGUUUAGAAACCUCGGGAACACGUAUUGCAAGUCUGUCUCGCUCAAAAAUAUUUUGAUUUAAUUUUAUCGUAAUUUUAGUGACUGCCAUUUUAAUUUUGUAUUUUAGUACACGAGUAUUAAAAAAAGAAAAGAAAGGAAGGGGCAGGGCAGGAAAAAAAAACUAAGUAAUCCGUUACUCAGUAAUUUGACAAAUCAGGCAGUCAGUCAAAUAAUGUUCAAGGCAGGGUAUGUCAUUUAGUUUUGUUAGAUUUUAUGAAAUCCUAUUUCACAGCAAGGGAUAUAUCAAAUGCUCGGACCAAAAAAAAAAAAGAGAGAGAGAAAAGAAAAAAAUCCCUCAUUUGUAGCAGGUGCAGAGCUGUUAAAAGCCCGUACGAUGAUUUCCUUUGAUCGAAAUAAAAUGAUUGACAAGCAGGUAGGCCAUCCAUUGUACAUGCCCGGAGUCUUCCACGAGGCUGGAAAAACAUAUUGCUAAAGCUAGCGAGCCUAAUUGAUUGGCUCGGAGUACUAGCAAUAACAAUCUUCAUUAUUUGCAUUGAUUGUGAAAAGGUUAGGUUUUUUUUUUUAUUUUUUAAAUGAAUAAAUAUGUGAACGACACAUGAGGUCGUUGGAUAUGACAUUGACUUGCUACACUCCUCCUCCAACACUCGGGGCCCGUUUACACGAGGACGCUGUCGGGUAAAAACGACUAAAUAUUUUAUCGGAAGUGCCUUUCGUCUACACGGGGACGGCGUUUCCGAGGCUGAAAAAUGGAAAAAUUUGAAAACGUCUUCCAGAGUGGAUAAGUUAAAAACAGCCCCCGUUGCAUAUCCGUCUAAACUACCCAAUACGCCAAACUCUGCUCGGAUCUGCUCACGUCGGGUACGCGUUUACGUCAUACAUACGUCAUAUACUGUACAUGCCAGCCCGGGAAGUAAGAAAGUAAGUAAAAAAGUAAGAGCAUGUCUGAUUACAUCGAUCCAACGGACCUUCAAGCUGCUCUGGCAGCUUUAAUAAACGUCCAGGAGUCCUUCGAACAUCUAUACCGAAUCUGCACAUAUACCGUUAAUGAACAGAGGCGGGUAUAGUAUGCUCUUACUUUUUUACUUACCAUAGCCAGAGUAGUCAAAGUUUUCGCGGCGCAGAUGUGCAGAUCAGACAAGACGGAAGACGUUGCGCAUGCGUGCAGACAUAGCGGAGGUCUUUCACAGCACCACCUAGCCGCCUGGCAUGCACAUCCAAUUGAAUUCCACACAUUUAUGCGUCACCGUAUAGACGCAGAUUUCCUCCUUGAAAACGGUCGCGUAGACGCGGAAAAAAGUGAGAACGAAAACGGACUUUUGCGUUUUUGUUUCAGACCGUCCCCGUGUAAAGUGGGCCUCACUGUCUCUCAUGGACUCGUCCUCCAGCAGUAGUCGGGCAGUGCGCGUUCAUGUGUUCUCGAAGGAGGAGGUGGGAUUUUUUCGGUUGGAUACUUUUAAAAAUCUAGCUGCCUCGUGCCGCUUUUCCUUUUUAAUGACCUGCCCUGCCUUUAAAGUUUCUAACUUUAUACUGCCACACAAACAUCAGGCCUCAUUUAUGAAACUGGAUACAAACAAAAUUAUGAAUAAAUCAUUCAUAUGAGCUUUUAAACAAAAAAGAUUGAUGUACUGAUGUAAUAAAAAAAAAAAAAAGCCUUUAAGAAAAGACGGAUAAAUGAGACUCGUGAUCAGUAUCGCAUAAACCAGCGGUCCCCAACCUUUUUUGCGGCACAGACCGGUUUGAUGUCGGACAAUAUUUUCACGGACCAGCCUUUAAGGUGUGGUGGAUAAACUGUGGUAUUUUCUAAAUAUAGUAAUAAACGUGAAUCCACUGUGUACUCGUAUGCAACUUUAUUAGCAGCAUCCUCGUAACAUCGCGUCAGCAACAUAACAUGAGUAAUGUCCUCUCUCCAACAUUCUUGGUCGCUGAGAUAAGCGUCUUGACGUGCGUCAAGAGCAGAGCAUGUGAACGGAGCGGACGAAUUUUGAAAAGAGCGCGGAGCGGGAUUUUUUUUUUUUCAAGGAUGGGAAGGAUGGAGCGAGGCAAUGGCCCGCUCCAGUUUCGCCCCGUUACCGCUCACAUCACGAGUCUGAAGCAUGCCCAACGUGGCUCAGAAUGAACGACAGCGGUGUUUGUUUGCCACCUGCACUCCGCCUGCUCAUGAUGCGUUUAGAGGCGGCUCGGAAAAACGCGUUUCCACGUGUUAAAAAUUAAGUGGUUGUAAUGGCUGUAAAAAGUGCGGGGGACAGAGGGCAGAGAUACGGGAAGUGCUCCGCGUCCGCUACGCGCAUGCGUGCACAUAUUUUCUGAGCAAGCGUGGAGCGGAGCGGGAUGCAAUCUUGGUGGAGCGCUGAGCGGUAACGGGCGAAGCGGCAUGGUGCGACAUUGAGCGGGGAGCGAGCGGAGCGACCACCUCCGUGAGCGAGGACCGAAAUUCUCGCCGCUCCACUCCGCUCACAUGCUCUGGUCAAGCGUGAGUUAUAGACGGAUGUAACGGAGAGAAUCCGGUCAUUUUUCAAAAUCAAACAUCGUUCAGACUUGGAUAAUGAAUGAAACGGAAAUAGUGCAGGUUAUUUAUUCUUUCUGUGUGGCCCGGUACCAAAUGACCCACGGACCGGUACCGAUCCGCGGCCCGGGGGUUGGGGACCACUGGCAUAAACCAUAACCGAUGACUUGUUUUUGUUUUUUAAUAUUUUAUCAUUUCUUCCUUUCGCCAUAUAAAUACUAACUACAUAGGGUAAUGUGAUCUAAUGCAGUGCACUGAAUACCCAACAGAACCUUUGUAUUUUAGCUUGUAUCGCCUGCACAGGUUUGCAAUCGGUAUUCCCUCACGUCUUUUACGCACAUUAAAGUAUUGGCACCUUCCGUUUUGCUUACUCACACAGCCUUGCCUCACACAACUUUUGAAACUGUCUCUAUUUAAAACGUUACGUUCAAAGUUGUAUUUAUUACGCUAAAGAAUUAAGAAAAGGUGCCUUUUUAUCAUUUACGUUCGCCUCACAGCUCCAGAGCAAAACUAAAAGACCGAACAUUGUCUCGGCUGAGCACCUGCAUCGAGGAAAGCAUAAAAUCGUUCUGUUAAGAAUCGGAAGACGCACAGAGAUGCGAGGAGCCGAAAGAUCCCCAAGUCAGAUUAGAUAUGCCGAAGCCUCAUGAUGCCACGUCCUGUUGAGUUCACGAGAGCUUGGUUCUUGAACCUGGAGAACAUCCGUGCCUCAUCGAUAAAUUAGUAUCUGAACACUGUGCUGACAGACUGCAUUGUUGAGAAUUAAAACAAGAAGAGUGUCAGUGUAAUUGUCUGUAUGUGUAUUCUGUAAAUAGCCUGUGAUUAGUCAAAUAAACCAGUUAGCAACAAGCCAGUAAUAAUGUGAUCAAGUGUAACGUUUGUUUCAUGUUGUGUCUUUAGCGACGAUAUGUUGUUAUUUACAAUCAAUUAAAAACAGGGAGAUUUAAUGGAUUUCUUCCCUUUUCUUUUCUACAGAACAUAAGACUUGAUAAAGGAUGACCUUUACACACA